UCGUCUCCGCCCUAACAAUGAGUCGUUGUCCCAAAAGCGGGAAGGCAGGCGACAUGGUCCAAAAUAAGCAUAUAGAAACGCUAAGGGAAACGCUUCUAUUGAACAGAUUUAGGCGAGAGUGAACCCUCUCGUUUCGCCUCUUCCUCUCUGGUUUUUGCAGCGGCCACCCAAUGGCCGCGACCCAGAAUCAGAGAAGACAAAAAAUGCCCAACAAGACAUUUAGCUAUAUGAAUAGCAAAACCGCAGAGCGCCUAAACUACUCAACUAUUUAGCGUUUUGUUAAUUCUAUGGAAACGUAUUUUGAGAGCGGAAUUGGUACGGAAAUCAAAAUGCCUUGUCAAAAUCAGCAGCUGAACAACAAUGACAGACAAGAACACACGGCAAUGAGCAGCACCAAGCAGGUUCGGUUUGCUAGCUGCGGAAACAGCGUUCUGACAGAGUCCAAUAGAGAUGCAGAAGUAGCCGAAACUUGUGAAAAUGUAUUCAACAGUGAACUACAGAGGCAGAUCGGAUCGCAAUUAAAACUGCUUCCUUUGAAUGACCAAAUACGAGAAUUACAGACCAUCAUUAGAGACAAGUCUACUAGCAGGGGAGAUUUUGUAUUUUGUGCUGAUAGAUUGAUCAGACUAGUGGUUGAAGAGGGACUCAAUCAGCUGCCAUACAGCAAGUGUACAGUGACCACUCCCACAGGGCAUAAAUAUGAUGGUGUCAAGUUUGAAAAAGGCAACUGCGGUGUCAGCAUUAUGAGAAGUGGUGAGGCCAUGGAGCAGGGCCUCAGAGACUGCUGCCGGUCCAUCCGUAUCGGUAAGAUCCUAAUCCAGAGUGACGAGGACACCCAGAAGGCCAAAGUCUACUAUGCAAAGUUCCCCCCAGACAUCAGCAGGAGGAAAGUCCUCCUCAUGUACCCCAUUCUCAGUACAGGUAACACAGUGAUUGAGGCUGUGAGAGUUCUGACUGAACAUGGUCUUCAGCCCAAACAUAUUAUCCUCCUGAGUCUCUUCUCCACCCCUCACGGUGCCAAAUCCAUCAUUCAAGAGUUCCCAGAAAUCACCAUAUUGACCACCGAGGUGCACCCUGUGGCUCCCACACACUUUGGCCAGAGGUACUUUGGGACAGACUAGUCAGCCCUCUAGGGCCAUUCAAUGGGACACCAUACUAUGAGAACCAACCAUUGAAUGGUCCCUCUGUCAGUUUGUCCACUUAUUUCAAAAGGAGUUGUUACCCUGCUGAAGAUUCUUGCUUUGCUGUGUACUCCGCCUUAACCUGUGCUCCUCAGUCUGACAAACAAUGCAAAGAUUUUCCUGGAAACAACAAAAAAGCACAUUCCAUGUAGGUCUUUUAGGAACUAGUCUAGCGAGCUUGCAUGUACUGCUGCCGUUUUAUUUAUUCAGUAAUGGUAGUUCAUUCUAGGUUGUUUUUCCUCAUUAGAAAGUCUAAAUAAUUUAAAUAUAUUUUUUCAAUAUAUUCUAUUCAAAGUAUGUGAGCGGAGUUGAGCAGACGGAAAUCCUGCUCGUCGCUUAUGGAGCGGUGCUCCACGUCCUUUCCAACCACUCCGCAACAAACCUCUCCGCUCUCACAGGGGGAAAAAUGCCGCUCCAAAUUCUUUCCAGUCAUUAAAAUCACCAUUUAACCAACACGCAUCUAUUUUUUUGACUACCUGGACCUAGCAUUUGGUUUUGAAGUAUUGAAACCAAACCAUAUGAUUUGAGUAAAAAGUAUUAUAAUAAACAUGAAAAGGUGAAUGUAAGAAGUGCUCAUCAUUUCAAAUAGGCCACAUGUCAUAUUAAACAACAUAUAAACACUCAAAAGGUCAGGAGCCUAAGAAGGAACAAAAAAAAUAUUAUUUAGGCUAUAUUAUUUCAAUUAUUACAAAGAAAUACAUUGUGCGGCAUUUGCGAGUGCAACACAAUAGGCUGAUAGGGACAAAGCGCUCAGCAUUUAAACAACGUUUAGUUGUAUUCAAUCAUUAGUCUAUAAAUUGUGCUUUUAGGCUGUGACUUAGAAUUAAAUGAAAACAUUAUUAGGCUCAGUCUACAGUGCCUUUGAAUUUAUUUUUUUAGAAACAUCAGUUUGUGGCUUCAUGCUCAUGUGAUGAUGCGUGGAGAGCAGGCCAGCAGCAGAGAAUAUCCUCUCUGCACUUGCAGAGCCACUGGGGAUGCUAAACACCCUUUUGGCCACUCUUGCCAGGCUGGGUAGUGAUGCAGACUUGUAUAUUUAUUUUUCUAUCGGUAGGCCUAAAGGUUUUUAGGCAAAGUAACCCAAUCAAAACAGAAAGUUCCUUGAAUGUUGGAAUAUGCCAGGCUUAUUGGGCCAAAAUCAAUUAUGGCCUAUUGUGUGUGUGUGUGUGUGUGUGUGUAUAGAGCUAGAUAUAUGUAACAGAACUUUUAAGAUAUCUUAUUUUUAGUUUAUAAAUACUUUGCUACAAUGACACACUUAGUUCCUUUCUUUUAGCAUGUGCACUUAAUAAGUACACCAUCGUGCUUUCAGGAUAUGUUUUCAGUUUCCACAAUGAUUCUUUAGUUGUGGACACUACAUCACCACAAUCCCUCUCUUGCUCAUCAUCUUUGUAAGUCACCUUGAUUUUGCACCUGUGUGUUUUAUCAGUUUCUUUAUGAAAAUAUUUAGUGAGCUAUAGCAGCACACAAGUAAACUACAAAUGCAUGCUACGCCAGCCAUGUCCUUGAAGUGAGUGCUACUUGAGCGAAAUUGGAGCGGGUGAGAAGGCCGACGUUCCAGCCUUUGGGAAUCUCGCUCCGCGCUCCAGUCAAAAGGGCACGCUCCGCUCACAUACUCUGAUUCUAUUGUCUUGUCUUUUUUUCUUUCUUUAGUGUUGUCAUUAUUAUUGCCACAAACAGUUUUAAUGUAUCAUAACACUGAAAAGAAACAAACCAAUCAAGAGAAACUCUGACCAGAUCUGAAGUGCAAUUUGAUGGAAUAUGCCAUUUGGACAUUUCAGAGUGGAAAAGGCUGGAAAAAGAAGCUCAGAAAUACAUUGCCCUUAUGACAUCUAUGUGUAGUUAAGGAAUCAUCAAUCCUCCAUCGUUAACACAAUGGAAAGGUCAAAUGCUUUAUCUAAAUGUUGAAAGUGCGUGGGCGACAGAGAAACAAAACAAGGCAGUUUGAGGCCGUGAUGGGGGUGUGACGUUGAGGUUUCUGUGUGUCUGUAUGCUGUUUGUACGUUUUGUAUCAUUCAAGAAAAAAAUAAAGAAUACACAGAUAAAACCCA